CUUUAGAAAUAAAAAAUGGCAGCCAGAAACUCUGAAGUGAGCUUGUGUAUCAAGUAUUUAUUGUUUUUCUUCAAUGUCUUCUUUUGGUUGAUUGGUGGUGUGAUAUGCUUUGUUGGAUUAUGGGCACGUGUUGCCUACACACAAGAGAAUACAUCACUUAGUCUUUUCAGUGGAUGGGAUUUAGAUCCAGCCAUUAUCUUUAUUUUUGUUGGUGUCAUAAUGUUCAUGCUUGGCUUCUGUGGUUGCAUUGGUGCUCUACGUGAAAACAUUUGUUUGCUAAAGUUUUUCUCCAUAUGUCUAUCCAUCAUUUUCUUCACGCAACUUGCUGCAGGGAUACUUGGUUUUGUCUACAGACACAAGAUAAAGGAACUGGUAGCUGAAAACCUGGAAGACACCAUUAUUCAUUAUAGAACAAACCCAAAUUUGCAGAACAUUAUCGAUUAUUCCCAAGAAACGUUCAAGUGUUGUGGACUAAACAGUUAUAAAGAUUGGCGAAAAAAUCGUUAUUUCAACUGCAGUCAAAUUGGACCAGAAGCUUGUUCUGUUCCCUAUUCUUGCUGUCGUGUGGAUCAACUGAACACCCAGUGCGGAUAUGGAAUAAACAGAGACGAAAUGCCCCAUUCGAAACGUGCCUCAAUAAUCUACACAGAUGGUUGUAUCGAUGGAAUCACCAAAUGGUUUAAUCGAAACUUAGAAAUUGUAGGUGGCGUGGGCGUGGGAGUAGCUCUACUACAGGUGAUUGGUAUCGCAUUUGCUUCCACGUUGAUAUCUGAUAUUCGACGACAAAAAGCAAAAUGGGACCAACCGCGUGGCUUGCACACACCCCUCUAUCCAAAUGACAUGUAAAAAAAGCGAUUGUGUAUAGAUGUAUGAAGAGAAAAAGAACAUGAAAAUAUAAGAUAAUUAAUCGACAUCUCACCACUUUAAACCAUUUUACUGAUUUUAUUGAAAUUUGUUGGCGCUUUCUAACAUUUCUAACAUUAUUAUUUUCUUUUAAGACAGUUGUUUUUUACCUAGUUAUUUUGGUCAUGUUCCAUAAAAAAAAAGAAAUAUUCAAAUAAAAAUAUUGAAUUUUGAUUUUGUUCACCCUCAGAAUAUGGUUAUCGUAUGGUUAAAUUUAAGGAAAUUCUAGCCUGGAUAUGCUUAUAAACUUUAUGCUUAUAAAAAACAUUCCUACGUCUUAUGUAUUGUAAUGUAAAUGUAUUGUAGUGUAAAUAAGUAUUUUAUUUUUGUGUUGAUGUUUAUUAUAUAUUUAAGUCUGUUUGUAUUUUUCAUAUACAGUAUUUGUUCGCACAAGAAUAAUGUUAUCAAGUU